AUGUGUAUGCGUAUGUGUGUGUGUGUGUGUGUGUGCAUGCUUGCGUUUAUGUGCCGCAUGCACUACUACGUGCACAAGUACAUGUGCAUGUUCAACUGCAUGUUUGCUACCGGACACGUAGACCUGUACGUACAUACUUUGUGGGCGCAUACCUGCACGUGUGCGCCUUCACAAAUGCAGGGUCCCAAGCUUCGAUGGUUCAUUUUUGAACCCAACGCGGCCUUUUUCCGGCGAUCGAUCCCAGCUUACCGCACCGCUACACUUCAACCAGGCGUGGGGACCAUGGCAUUGCUGAGACGAGCCCUGGUUGUCGUUCUGGGUGUGGCCGUUGUGGCAGGCACGCAGGACGAUGCCACCUGCCACCUGGAAGUCCAGCGAGAAGACCGACGGCCGCUUUACAGGCACAACCAGGUUCAGGCGGCGCAGAAGGACCACGGACCUGCGGGACAGCGGCGUGCAACAGCCCAUCCGGCCCAUCAGGCCCAUCAGGCCAAGAGGCGGGGAGCCGACACAGUGGCACUGCAGUCAAAGGAGCGGGGCCAGUGA